GGUAUCUUCCUUUUUCGUGUGGCUUCGGUGUCGUGCUGGUGUAAGGCACCGAUACGAUGGGACGUGUCAUCCGCUCUCAAAGAAAGGGUGCGGGAUCUGUGUUCCGUUCCCACAACAAGCACCGCAAGGGAGCGCCGAAACUCAGGUCGAUCGAUUUCGCCGAGCGGCAUGGAUACAUCAAGGGAAUCGUGAAGGACAUCCUUCACGACCCGGGUCGAGGUGCUCCUCUCGCCAGAGUGUUCUUCCGUGAUCCGUACCGCUACAAGCAGCGCAAGGAACUCUUCCUCGCCUGCGAAGGAAUGUACACAGGACAGUACGUUUACUGUGGGAGGAAAGCACAACUCCAGGUCGGCAAUGUGCUCCCUGUCGGCAACAUGCCCGAAGGUACCGUUGUCUGCAAUCUGGAAGAGAAGUCCGGAGACCGAGGACGUCUCGCCAGAGCCUCUGGUAACUACGCAACGAUCAUCGCUCACAAUCCUGACACGAAGAAAACCCGUGUCAAGCUGCCCUCCGGAGCGAAGAAAGUCAUCCCCUCCGCCAACCGUGCCAUGGUUGGAAUCAUCGCCGGAGGCGGUCGAAUUGAGAAGCCCAUCCUCAAGGCCGGUCGUGCCUACUUCAAAUACAAGGCGAAGAGGAACUGCUGGCCGAAGGUCCGAGGUGUGUGCAUGAACCCCGUCGAGCAUCCUCACGGAGGAGGUAACCACCAGCACAUCGGUAAGGCCUCAACUGUCAAGAGGAAUACUCCUGCUGGUAGGAAGGUCGGUCUCAUCGCCGCCCGAAGAACCGGAAGAGUCAGGGGAACUCGCGUCAUCACCUCCAAGGACGAUUAAACUCGGAGCUAACCCCAACGUUAAUAAAAACUCUGAGGUCGAAAAAAA